AUGUCGUCUUCAAAGAAAAGAGGUAAACAUUGUGCCGUUUUUGACUGUAAUAACAGCUAUUAUAAUGACGAAGGGCUCUUCGGUGGCUAUCAUUUCUUCAAAUUCCCCACGAGCCCCAAGCGAAGAAAUCGCUGGUGUAAUCUCAUUAAGAGGCAACAUGGAAGAGAUGGCUUUACCGUGACAAGUUCAACUGUAGUUUGCAAUGAACAUUUUAAGCAGGAGGACAUUGUGAGAAAGUUGUCAGGCCGCUGGGACUUGAGGAAAGGUUUGUGAAAAAUACAUCAACCUUAUAGCAAUAAUGAUAUGCAUAUCACAUUUCAGUGCAGGUGCCCUUACAUUUUGCUCAAUCUUUUUUUCUUUUAUCUUAUUUGCAAAACUUAAUAUAAUGAUAGGGCUAUUGAGCUCAUGAAUAAUGAUUAUUAACGAUUAUAAGUGCUUUGUUUUUUAGUGACUGUAGUAUUUCGAUAGCAAUCGAUGUUUUCCUUCUUUGUCCUGUCUCUUAUGAAAGAUAAUCCUAGUGUUGUGUGAAUAAAUGGCUUGCAGUCAAUAAUGAGUUUCACUCAGGACACUGGACCCGAGCACUGUGUUAUUGUUAUCAAUGUACAUGUAUUUUUAUUAUAAUUAUUUCAUAUUGUAAAAAUUUACACCUUUCAAUCAAAAGGUGCUGAGCCAUCGCAGUUUUCAUGGACCUCACAAAAAAAAACCCGUAAAGCCCCUGUUGAACGAGUACCAAGCACAGCAGUUUCUGCAGAGGAAAUGGAUGUAGAAGAUUCAUUCAAAGAGUCCUCAAAUCUAUCACUGCCAUUGGAAACAGUUUCAGCAGCAAGUGAUCAAGCUUCGCCUUCAUUCACUGUUGAUCAGGAUCAUGCUGACGCCUCUGAUAAUGGUGUUAUCAGACAACUGCAACAAAAGAUUACUUUGCUGGAACUAAAACUAGCUGAUUGUGAAGAAAGUUUGAGAGAAGUGAAAAGUGAGAAUGAGAUUCUGCUAAGCCGUCAAUUUUCCUUAGAGAAAAUAAAGGAUGAUAACUCAGCCAUCUUAUUUUACACAGGGUUUCCAUCGUAUGAGGCACUGAUAAGUUUUUUUAAAUAUAUUGAGCCAAAAUUAGAAAAGAUGCAGUACUGGAAGGGAGAGCGUCUUGUGAAAGGGAGUCAGCCUUAUCAAGAGGAUGAAAAUCGCAAAAAACCAGGACCCUCUAGGAAACUAUCAUUUCUAGAUGAAUUUCUGUUAGUACUGAUGCGGCUGAAGGCUGGCUUAUUUGUACAGGACCUCGCAGACAGAUUUGGUGUAAGCAUCAGCCUUGUGUCAAGGAUUUGUAUUACGUGGAUUAAUUUAUUGUACUAUGAACUGAAAGAUAUUUUCCCUUUCCCAACCCAAGAGUUGGUGCGCAAAAAUAUGCCAGAAGAAUUUGCUGAAUUUGCAACAACCAGAAUAAUUUUGGACUGCACUGAGCUUUUCAUUCAGCGUCCAUCUGCAAUGCUUGCACAGUCAGAAACGUGGUCUGAUUACAAGCACCACAACACUUGGAAGCUACUAGUAGGAGUGACACCAAAUGGCCCAGUGUCUUUUCUUUCAGACCUUUGGGGUGGACGAGUGUCUGAUAAACAAAUAACUCGAGAAAGUGGAGUGCUGGAUUUAAUUGAAAGUGGAGACAAUAUCAUGGUUGACCGUGGCUUUGACAUAAAGGACAUUGUGCCCGAGGGUGUCACAGUCAAUAUGCCACCCUUUUUAGCAGGACGCGAUCAACUAACUGCAGCAGAGACAGAGGAAACAAUGACCAUUGCCUCUGUAAGGAUCCAUGUGGAAAGAGCAAUUGGUCGGAUAAAGACUUACCACAUUUUAGAUGGUAAUCUGUCCAAUACACUUAGCCCCUAUGCGACACAGAUAGCAACAGUAUGUGGACUUCUUACAAACUUCCUUCCGCCUUUGCCAACACCUGCUAAUCCGAAACCAUAG